AUGGCGGAGCGCACGGGGCACGUGCUUGUGGGGCGCUACCACACGGCGUCCCACACAUGCCACGUGCCGCCCCCAGGGUCGCCGGCCUCGUCCACGCGGCGCCCAGUGCCCGCGCUGGCCCACACACCACAGGCGCAAUCUCCCUGCUCAGCGCGACCGCGUCGCCCCCGAGCAUCGCCGCUUCCUGUAUUCGCCCGUCACAGCUGCCCGCCGCCCGCCGCCCGCCGCAGCGCAGUCCAAUUGGGCGGUCUCAAACCCAGCGUGGGCCCUACCAACCCCUUACUACAUUACCACGCUUUCGUCCACCGCCCGCAUUAUCGGUCUCCGCCCGCCGUUUCCCGCUCUAUCGGAGUCUCCAUACUGCUAUCUGCCAGCCCGAUUGCUCGAGCCAGAUUGGGUAAAUUGCCUGUCUUCGGAAAGUCGCCAGCCCACAAGCCCUGGACUCACUGCGGACACUGA